ACCCACCUGUCACGUGACGUCACUGUCACACACUCAAAGAUGGCGACCUCACAAAUGCUGCGGCGAUGCUCUUCGUAUUUUGCCGCUUUUAUCCUGUUUUUGGACAUAUUAAAUACGGGAAAUUGUGACGCACAGGUCCCGCUUGUUCUGUGGACGAGUUCAGGGAUGUCCCUGCCAGAUCAGUCGCCUCCUACAGCAGGUCACAUCGUUGGACAGCAGCAGCUGUCCUCUUACCUGGAGAAAGCUCUGAAUGUGGGACCACGAAACGUUCUUCUCUUCCUGCAGGACAAGAUGAGCAUAGAGGACUUCACCAUGUAUGGAGGAGCUUUUGGAAAUAAGCAGGACAGUGUUUUCCCCAACCUUGAGGGGGUACUGAUGUCUUCUCCUUCCCCCCUGGUGUUACCUGCUGUAUCCUGGCCUGCUUCCAAUGUAGUGAUUGGCCAGCUACAGGACCAUUUAGAAACCUCCCCUCUGUACAUGGACCCCGAGACACUAAGCCAACUGAGACUCAAUGCUUCUUCACCUUCUCUGUUGGUUUUCAGGCUGCCAUAUGGCAAUGGAGCUGAUCUGAUGUCUGCAAAAGAGAUUCUGAGUGGCAAUGAUGAGGUGAUUGGUCAGGUGUUGAGUAUUAUGAAGACGCAGUCUGUUCCUUAUACAGCCAUUUACACAGCCUUGCGCCCCUCACGGGAGGCAGCAUCUCUCUCUCUGGAGGCAGGUCUUGGUGGAGCACGUUCUCUCCUGCAAACCAGAGGUGGAUAUUGGGAGAGGGAGAAAGAAAGGGAGAAGCAGCGCAAGAUCAAAGAACGAGCAGGGAUCUAUGCUCCAGUGGAGUAUAAGGAGGAGGGGGAAACUGCCUGUAUCCUAAUGUGGGCAAAAAGUCUGUCAGUGAGCAUCUUAAGGAGUGGUCGCUGGGAAGAUCAUGACCUCACCCUAUCUACCUUCGGGGAAGGUGUCAGUCCCAAACUCCAUGGUUCAAGCUGUGAUAAAUCCAAAUCAAGAUUGGCUCUUAAUUAUGAGAAUGUUCUUGGCCAUCGCAGCUUCAAACUGAUCUUUGCUAUGAGCCAGCGUCACUACAAGGUGUCUGCACGCCGCUGGUUCACACUAGAUGCUGUGGAGUUGGAAUAUGAUGGGACCAAAGCCACAUUUAACGGUAGCCGAAACAUUUAUGCUCCUGCUGAGUACUCCUACCACUGUGAAUCUGUCACAAGUUUCCGUUGGCCCCUGCUUGUUCCACGCUCAUUAAAAGAUCCAGCCAACCAGUGGAGAGUGUCCUUUGAAGAUUUUCAGAUCCAGGCCUUUAAUGUGACUGAAGGUGAAUUCUCCUAUGCCAGUGACUGUGCUGGCUUUUUCACCCCUGGUAUCUGGAUGGGCCUGAUGACCAGCCUCCUCAUGGUCCUAGUCCUCACUUAUGGCUUGCACAUGAUCAUGCAACUUCACACUAUGGAUCGUUUUGAUGACCCAAAGGGCCCAGCCAUCUCUGUACCCCAGACAGAAUAGCAUAGUGUGUGCAUCCUGUGUCGUGGAGUCAGUCUCUCAGCUUCCAUUUUUCUUUGUCCAUCUGCUUCUACUCCAACCUGUGAUGUUCUCCAUACA